CGUCCUCUGGACGCCCCCUCAGCCCCGCGACCGCUCUUCCCUCGGCUUGCCGCUCCUCCUGGCGCUGCUGCGAGGCCGGGCGGCCGGCGGAUGCCAUGGAGAGGGGCCCGGCGGCGCUGCUGCAGCAGCUGCUCUAGGAUGGCUCCGGUGGAGCCCACGCUUGUUUCCCUCCUGCUGUUGGGUCUCCUCGCACUCCAGGCCCGCACUUGCCCAGCCACCUGUCGCUGCUACAGCAUGACCGUGGAGUGUGGCUCUUUGGGCCUCAAAGAGAUCCCAGGCAGCAUCCAUCCCUCCACCCAGACGGUUUUUCUUCAGGACAACGGGAUCACACAGAUUCACCAGCAAGACCUGGCGUCUCUCUCGGGGCUGCAAUACCUCUACAUGCAGAACAACACCAUCUCAGCCCUGGAGCCAGGCGCCUUCCGUAACCAGAACCGGCUGCUGGAACUGGCGCUCAAUGGCAACCGCAUCCACCUCAUCAACAGCAGCAUCUUUAAGGGCUUGGAGCACCUGCGAGUCCUUUACCUGGCGGGCAACCAGAUCACCCGGCUGCCCGACUUCACCUUCUGUGACCUGGAGAGGUUGCAAGAGCUCCACUUACAGGAGAACAGCAUAGAGACUCUAGAGGACCAGGCGCUGGCCGGUCUGACCUCACUGGCGCUGCUCGACCUCAGCAAGAACAAUCUGCGCACCAUCAGCCGGGUGGCUCUCCGGCCCCUCAUCAGUCUUCAGGUGCUGCGAUUGACAGAGAACCCUUGGCGAUGUGACUGCUCCCUGCACUGGCUGAGCUCCUGGAUCAAGGAGGAUGGUCAGCGGCUCCUGAGCCCCCAGGACAAGAAGACAGUGUGCGCGGAGCCCCCUCGCCUGGCUUACCAGAGCCUGAUGGACGUCUCCGGCAACAGCCUCAUCUGCAUCCCGCCGGUCGUGCAGGUGGAGCCCCUGGAAGUGACGGCACGGCUGGGCGACGACCUGCGCGUUUCCUGCCAGGCCUCGGGCUACCCGCAGCCCCUGGUGACAUGGCGCAAGCUGGCGCACUGGCGGGGGGCUGGGGGUGCCAAGGCCGGUGGCUCCCGGCUCCCAGGAGGGACCUUUGCCCUGAGUGAGCGCAGUGUGGGGGAGCGCUUUGAGCAGUCGGACACAGGCAGCGGGAUGCUCUUCCUCAACAACGUGACGGUGGCCCACGCCGGCAAGUACGAGUGUGAGGCCUCCAACCCGGGCGGGACGGCCCGGGUGCUCUUCCACCUCAUGGUCAACCUCUCCCAGCAGCAGCAGCAGCAGACGUCGCGCGGCUACCCGGCCUCGGUGGACAUCAGCCAGGAGCCCCUCUACGACAUGGAGAGCAUGGACUUCAACGCCCUCAGCAUGGCCACGCAGACGGCCAUCGCCGUGGCCAUCUCCCUUCUGGCCCUGGUGGCCCUCCUCCUGGUGAUCAUGAUCUACCGGAAGCACCGCAAGCGGAAAAAGGCCAAAAAGGAGGAGAACAUCCUCUAUGUCAACGACUACUCGGAUGGGCCUACCACCUUCGCCCAGCUGGAGGAGUACCGGGACGAGAGGGGCCAUGAGAUGUUUGUCAUCGACCGCAACAAGCCCCUCUUUGCCACCUACAAGGACCCCCAGGGUCUGGUGGGGGCCUUCCCCGAGCAGCUGCAGGAUCAAGCCACCCAGACCUUGGAAGGGGAAGAAGAUGGCCCCCCGGAAGCCAGCGAGCUCUUUGUCAACCAGGGACUCAUGUUCCAGCCUCAGAUUGCUUAUGAAAUCCACUGCUGAAGGAUUUUGGGGAGGCGGGGAGAGCCCACAAGCAAGGUGCCCAGGAAACCUUAGGGGUGGGUGGACUCCCCCUCCGCCCUUAGGGGAGCUGCUUCCUUGACCUUUCACCUCAGCCCCGGCCUUCCCGAUAGGUCUGCCUUCUCUGCGGUUUAAGGUGAUGCAGGAGAGGAGUCCACGAUGCUUCGGUGACCGUUAGUGGCACCCACAGGGGAGACGGGGUAUUUCUUUCUAAGCCUCUCCCCUGGGAGCAAUCUCACUCCCUGUGGCUGCCAAGUGGAAGUGUAUCUCACCCUCUCGGCACCGUUCCUCAGGAGGAAGCACUCCCAUGGUCUCUCUGGAGCUUCCCGGAUGCUCUCCGCAAAGACAGGAGAGCGGUUUAAGAGGUCUCCAUAGGAAGGUCCAUUCAGAAAGUGUGACAGGCGGUGCUAUUUUUCUAGAAAAAGGGGUGCCGGAACUCACCAUGAACACCUCCCUCGUUCUCUAAGAA